CUCUGAUUUACUCAUCCACGUCCUUCUAGCCUUGUUCAACCUCUUCUUCAAUCCACUUGUUCCCGGCGGUCAACUGAAAGCUUCGUUUAGGCAGCCCUAUCCUUGACUUGCUGCAUGCCUCAAGAAUUUUUAAAAGCGUCACCCACCUCCACGAUUCUGUGUCUUGUCAGCCGCUGAGCGGCAGAAGUCUGUCCCCAAAGGAUGCUCUGAAUUGACGAACAUUGUCCCUGGGGUUUCAUCUCUUCGACGUACAUUUUGAACAUCUCCUUUCAGGUCCUUCGCACGCAACCGCUACCGACGCCUUCACUCGAGCAAGGGAGUCGUCGUCCGGGCAGUUCAAUUACGGGAAAUGUCCCGAUCUAGCCGACGCGGACCUUGGUUGCCUGAGGAAGAUGCCACACUGCUACAUCUGGUGAGAACACAAGGCCCUAACAACUGGGUGCGUAUUUCCCAGCACAUGCGGCACCGGUCUCCCAAGCAGUGCAGAGAACGGUAUCACCAAAAUCUUAAACCGAGCCUCAACCAUGAACCCAUCUCGCCACAGGAAGGAGAGUUCAUCGAGCAGCUUGUGGGAGAGAUGGGAAAGCGUUGGGCUGAAAUUGCUCGACGACUCGGAAAUCGAAGUGACAAUGCAGUAAAGAAUUGGUGGAAUGGCAGCAUGAAUCGAAGGAGAAGAACUUCGAGUCAGCCAGGCAGCGGCACCAGAUCCGUGGGAUAUCGAAUCCGACCUAUGCCUGCCUUCCCUCCUUCAAGGCAGAUGUAUCUCCAGCAACAGGUUGCUCCCUCUCACGACGCUUUCGGAGGCUCCCAAACCACUUCUCCACCAUUCCCUAGCCGGGAUGGCAGAUCUAACAGCUACUCUUUGAGCAGGAACUAUCAACCUCCAAGACAAGGCUACAACUCAUGCUCACCCACAAUCCAUCCUCACUCUUCAACGUCGUCUCAUUUUCAGCCAGCAGGCCAUUCCCAGUAUCCGGUCUCGUCUGAGAGUGCCCUUCUCCCUCGGCCGGCCGUCUCCCUUCCUCCUCAGAGCAGAAGUCUUCCUCCCUCUCUUCCCAGAUUGCACUCCUUCCCUGCUGGCCCGGGUUUGGAUCGAUAUGAGCGGCAACUGCCACCCCCGCACUACAUCGAAGCACCAAUACCUUCACCUGCUGCCACCGAGGCUUCUCAUGCUUCAUCGAAUCAGCAAGCACCGUCCCUCAUUUCCGACAAUCAAUCCAAUUGUUCAAUCUCUCCUAAGACUCUACCCUCGCCUCGGCCGGGAACGCAUUCGUCGAACGCGCCUUCAGUACAGGGCUGGUCCGAGCCGCAAUGUUUGGAACGCGCUGGAAGUUAUCAAGGCGGAAAAUCAGACAUGGCUGCGCAAGGUCAAGGAGGUGGCUAUUUUCAAUUACGUCCCUCAAGCGCGAGCAACUUUAUCUCGUCGGGUGCGCCACUUCUUCCUGCUCUAGCACGGCCACUUUCCCUUCCGAGGCUCAUGUCGAGUCCAGCAUUGGAGCAUACAGCGCCCUGCAAGACCCCUGGGGAGAAGGAUACUCGCAUGGAUGUAUCACGUCUUCUGGAGUGACUCGAGAUGCUGCAGGAUAUUCAGCGAAGCCGAAAACCCCACAGUGGUUGUGGUUUUACGGUGUUGUACUAUUUCUUUAUACUCACUUGUAAAAUAUUGUGUCGACCUUUUUUCAUGGUUUGGAGUUCGGAUAUGAUUAUGGCCAUUUCAUUCACGAUACCCAAGGUCAGCCAGUCCGGAGGAUCGAGUGUAGGGGCCCAAGGAAAUUGUACAAUAGCUUUUGCUGUGUUAGGUUUGGGAUUGGCUGGCGGUUUCAGCACGCUUUGUUACUACGGUUGGGGUCUUGGGAACGCUUGUUGGCAUUGUAUGCUGGGAUAAGAACAGGGAAAGGCAGCGCAUGAUCGAUAAUGAGGGGCGGUUGAUGGGCUACAGGCCACUGGUCUGUCCAUGAUACUAGUAAUGACGACGAUAUCCUUUAGCUAGACGAGAAGCUGUCGGUAACAGGGAUUAUGAA